AUGGACGCACAAGCAGUCGCCUCGUCUAACAGCGCACCCCUGCUGCUGCUCAGCGCCGGCCGGCCGCGCAGCGUGUCGCCCGUCUCGCCCACGCACGAACUCACCGAUCUGCGCGGCGCGCGGUUGUUCCGCGCCAUCGGCCGGCGUCUCGGCCGGUACCGCCAGCGGCGCCAGCAGCACCAGACAGCCGCGCAGCAGAAGAAGGCUAGGCUCGAAGGCGAGACCGACGAGGACUCUUCGUCCUCGACCGACUCCGACUCGCGGUCCUCCUCGUCCGGAGCCUGCUCCGGCAGUGGCAGCGGCUCUUCCGGCAAGGGAGACAGCGCUGCCGGUUCCUCUUCCGGCGCCAGCGGCAGUGGCAGCGACGACUCGGGCGUAGGCUUGAGUCCGCGCACCACAGGGCCGCCGAACGCCGGCGAUGCCUGCGGCCGCUCCGGCGCGCACGCCUUCCGCAAGGUGUUCCAGUCGCUCAGCAUCAACGCCCGCAGCCACAGCGCCAGCUGCGCCUCCAGCUCUUCGUCGCCCGCCACGCCGACGGGCCACGCCGGCCGCUCCAGCCGCCUCUCCGUGGCCGCCGCAGCCGCCGCCGCUCUCUCCUCUUCCUCCUCGGGGGGAAGAAAUGGCAGCGGAGGCAGCAACAAGAAGUCGCCGAAGCGCAUUCUGCGCUCGCCCGUCGCCUACACGUACGUGCGCGGCCUGUCCGGGCUGCCGACACAGCGCGUGCCGCGCGACUACCCCUGCGUGCUGCUGCCGCAGCCGCCGUGCUGCAGCGGCAAGUACCCGACAGCACCCAGACACUUCGCCGGACACGGCCUCAAUCGCUGAACGCCUUAGCUACCUCUCUAUCGCUGCGCCAACGGCUGACUGCCGACGCGCCGACGCCUCCAGGAAGACUACUCGUGAGGCUGUCUCACAUCUGUCGUGUUCGAGCGACCGCGCGGCAACACCGGUGCCCUCUACUCGCCACAGGGCGGCAUUAACUCGUCGACCACAGCGCUACGCUGUUUGCUGUACGUUCAUCAGACUGUCUUCGAGAGGCGCAGCUGUCCGCAUUCAGAGAAUGUAUACGAAACUUCACACCUAGAAGACCCACACUACGUUAUGUUAACGCAUUGUAUCCAGUGAUAGCUCAUUUUCUCUUUAAAAGUAAUACAC